CUGGCUCAGGGCGCGUCCGACCUUGGCGCAUUUUGGGCAUUGUAGUUCUGGGGAUAGUCUCUGUGUCCCGCCAAGCUCUAAGAAGACUACAAUUCCCAGAAUGCACCGCCCCUGAGCAUGGCUAUUGGGGGCCUUUUGGACAGAAGGAUGAUGUCAUUGCAAAAACCCCACUGCAUUCAUUGUGCUAAGAUCUAUCCACCCCCCCUGCUGCUCUGCUGCUGCUGCUGCUGCUGUUGCUGCUGGGCUUGCGAUUGCUGAUCGCUCCAGCUGAGCUAAGAGUAGCAGCAGCACCAGGGCAGGAACUGGCUCCAGCCCUUGGAUUUAGGACAUCGCAACACCUUCCCUUGCGUGCGUGAGUCAUUCGCACAUCACUUCUGUUUAUGCCUGGGGUGGGGAGAAAGAUCCCAAACCAGCUGUGUAAAUGAGUAUGGAAGAUUAUGAUUUCCUGUUCAAAAUUGUUUUAAUUGGCAAUGCUGGUGUGGGGAAGACGUGUCUAGUCCGACGAUUCACUCAGGGUCUUUUCCCCCCAGGUCAAGGAGCCACAAUUGGAGUUGAUUUUAUGAUUAAGACAGUGGAGAUUAAUGGUGAAAAAGUAAAGCUACAGAUCUGGGACACAGCAGGUCAAGAGAGAUUUCGAUCCAUUACCCAGAGUUAUUACCGAAGCGCCAAUGCCUUGAUCCUCACCUAUGACAUAACCUGUGAGGAGUCCUUCCGUUGCCUUCCUGAGUGGCUGCGAGAAAUAGAACAAUAUGCCAGCAACAAGGUCAUCACUGUGCUAGUGGGCAACAAGAUUGAUCUGGCUGAAAGGAGAGAGGUUUCUCAGCAGAGAGCUGAAGAAUUCUCAGAGGCUCAGGACAUGUAUUACCUGGAGACAUCAGCCAAGGAAUCUGAUAAUGUGGAGAAACUCUUCCUUGACUUAGCAUGCCGACUCAUCAGUGAAGCCAGGCAGAACACACUUGUGAACAAUGUAUCUUCACCCGUACCUGGAGAAGGGAAAAGCAUCAGCUAUUUGACUUGUUGUAAUUUCAACUAAAAGGCUGAGGCAAGGAGAGGAAAAAGGAAUCAGCAGCUGCCCUGAUGGGCCACCAAUUGCUGGGGAGAUCUGGCGAUGACUGUGGCUCCUGCUCUCGGACCUUCUGACUCCUGUGGGCUGCUGAGCUUACAAAGCAUGGCAGGCCAAGGGCCUUGUCCACAGGUCAGCAUUAGCAGAACAUAAAAUGGUUUCACCCUUUUGCAGUCUGGAGUUGGAGCAAAGCAAAAAUUGCACUAGGUGCUCCAUGAUCUGCAGAGCAUGUUGCUUUUAUUUUUUAAAAAAGCAAGUAAAAGCGCAUUCCUGAACACAGUCCAAGGGGAAAUGUACUGUAGAAAUCCCUCCUGCACACCAGUGGGUGCACGUGGGGGCUAUUCUUUAGGGCUUCAGUGGUAAUCUCUGGGGGCCCUGGUUUUCUCAUUUACCAGAUAAACCAAAACUGGGAAGGCCAAGUACUUCCUCUGUGGUGUGUGUUGAUGACCCCAUGGAGAUUUUAAAAAGUGUUAUUUCUCUUGUCCACAGGCACUUUCAAGAACUUUGGGAUGUAAAAAUGAAAUGAAACCUUUACCCAUGACCAAUAGCAACAAUCAUUGUUAAUAUAUACAAGCCCCAUGACUCCUUUUGGUGCUAAUGGUUCCGCUAUUUCACAGACCAAACGUUUUAGUACAUCGAUGUCCUUAAAUGUACUAUGUAGAAAUAAAAAAAAAGGGGGGGGGAAGUCCACAAAUUGGCACUCAUUACUACAUUUUUUAGGGUGGAUUUGUUUGAAAAGGGAAUACUUUUUCUUUCAUGCUUCCCUCCAGAUAUCUACUAUUUUCUUUCUGUAUUCUCUCAUCUUUCAUGACUUUUAAGUAAAUGAAAAAGUUUAAAAAAAGAAAAAAAUGAAUGGCUGAUGCUAUUCUAAUAUGAAAUAUUAGCCCUAAGACACUGAGUAGUAUGAGAAAACAGGCCAGAUCCGACCAAACUACUGUGGUUGUAUGGACUGCAGUGCAGGGUUCCAAGCAGAGCACAGUCCUUAAUAGCAGGUCACAUCUUUUAUUUCCUGGUACUAUCCAUCUUGGACAGACCAAGGCUUAGAAUUUUGUAGAUGUUUUAAUAUGAUGUUAAGUAAGAAUAGCAACAGAUGAAAAAUCUCACAAACCAUUUUGUAUAUUCAGUGAUCUCCUCAGAAAUAUUCUGCUUGUGGAAGCAGGCUGAACCGUCAUUUGUCACCUCCUUCAUGUAGUAAUGUUACUUUCAGACUCAUGACCAUACAUUCUUUUCUGUUUUCUUUCUCUACUUUCUCUUCAUUUUCUCCUGCCCUCUUUCCUUCUGCUCUUCCUUCUCAUCUUCCUUCCUUAUAUGCAUGUGUUAUUAUAAAUCUCCAAUUCAAAUGGAGGUAUAUAUGCCUUUACUUUGCCAAUUUUCAAACAGGACUCAAAAUGGAAGACGUUGCUGAAUAUGUUACUAUUUUUUCAGUGCCAAAUUUUGAUACCUUCCAAUUUGUUCACUGAUUUAAAUGCAAAUUGGGAAAAUAAUUAAACCUGUAUGUUGUUGAUGCUGUCAGAUGUUUCUGUAGUUUGCUGCUUGGCAUUCCUGAGGGAAGAGUGAUGGAUUAAGGGUAUGAUAUGUAAUUCCACUGUUGCUGUAGAUGGUGACAAUCUCAGUCCUGAUGUGUUAAUGUUUGAAAGCGAUUUAACUUUAAAGAAACGAGUCAUGUAGAGAUACGAUAUCGAUAAAACACUCUGGCAUUUCUGCAGCACGUUUCAGAGUUACCAGUCUCUUGCACAUGGGUAUUAUACACAUCGUUUAAGGGACUGAUACUUUUGGUUGGCCUCACUGUGUUUGUCUUUGGGUAAGAGAAGAGGAUCCCAGAGUUUGAAUUGUUUUAUUUUAGAAUCUGUCUCCAUAGGAAAGAAAAAAAAUUUUAAUAAAAACUAACCAAAAUAAUUUAUAAUAAUCAUUGCCUUUCCCACCCCAUCUUUUUCAGUAAGUCGGUAACUAAAAGAAUUCAGAAAAUAAGCUGAUAAAGGUGGACAGAAGAACUUUUUAAACUGUAGGAGACGCCCCUAUGUUUAGAUUUGUUACCUUUCAUUUACAGCAAAUAUUCAUUGCUCUAAGCAUAGCAUGACUCAAAUGUUGAGAAUGAAGUUGCUUUGCAAAUGUGGAGAAAAUUUGUUAGAUUGGACAAAUUUAGUUGUAAAAUAAUAGCUUCUACGGCCACACUUGUAUUCUGAAAUUCUCAUUCCCUAGGGCUUAGCCGCUAUGAGUCGGAAUCGACUCAGUGGCACUGGGUUUGGUUUGAUUAGGGCUUAGCCUCUUCUAUCUACCCUUGCUUGACCAGGAUCAGAAGGGGAUUAGAAAGCUCUGAUCUUGGCACCUUGCCUCCCUGUUACUCCUCCCAGCCCUUCUGCUUAUAGUCAUCUAUCCGUAGCCAACCAGCAGAGACACGUGAGAAUGUGGGGCUUUGUUUCUUUUUGUUCUUUAGUUGUGUGAACUCCACAUUAGGCCUUACGGACAUUUUUUUAUUGACGUAUCCCAAGCUUGAGAACAGUCCCUGGUAAUAUUGUACAUAUUCAAUAAAUGCUAAUAAACGACUUAGUGCUAAGAGGAGCUUUUCUGGUUAAAUAGAAAUUCCUUCAAGUAGAACUUGAGGAAGGACACUAAAUUAAAUGUAGUCAUCUUAGCUCAGGCCAGGACCUAAGCAUAUUGGUUUGCCUAAUAGUUCUCAUUGAUAUGGGAGUAUUUGCCAAGAUGAGCCUACUUUAGAUAAAAAUUAAUUCCCAUUAAUGGUGGGUGAAAAAAGAGCUGCUGCUUCAUAAUUUAGUUUGGCUUGGUCUGACUCCAAGAGUCCAUUUCUUCCAUUUUUGGUACGAUCUUUUUUCCUUUUAAAUAAUGUUAUUAAAUAUAUGGCAGAACUUUUUUCAAUUUCCAAUGAAAAGGCAUUCAUGUUAUGGAGUCAUAUACUUUCCUGAUAUUAAUAUUUUAUUAUGGCUUUGUAUAGACUGUCCUCAAAGGAUCUUAUAUUUUCUCCAUUGCCUAUGCAAGGUUUUUUAUUUUUUAGUAUGCUUUUAUUAAAUUUGUUGGAUUGUAUUAACUCUUAGUUUUAAUUAUACAGGGCCAAUUAUCCUUUCUGUGAAUUACUUUGGUUAGGCCAUUGGCUUUUCCUGGCCUUUCAUCUUCCUUGUGUUUUAGACAUGUUAGCAUCUCUUUCUGAGUAAAGUGGCAAAAAAUAACCAAAAGUGAAAAUCAAAUGAAUGGAUUUGACUACUUUUACAGCUCUGAUUUAGAGUUUGGUAAGAAAGGAGGUAGAAGCCACUGACCAAAAUAAGCUAUUUGUAUUAGGAUUACUUAUUUUAAGCAAUUCAGAUUUAUUGGAAGGAAGAGGGAAAUUUAACAGAGAACUGGAUUCUUCUUUCUUCUGUUCAGGAAUAUAUAUGCCUUUGGAGGACACUGGUGACCCCCGCAGUGGAAUGAUUCACUUCCUUUACCCGUUAAGCUAUUCCAAUAAUUUUUCCAAGGCCAAAAUCAAGUUUCUGUUAAUGAAUUGUUCUGAAUAAAUACCAGUUGCAAGUGCUUUUGAACUGGUCUCUGACUAAAGUAAAAAUAUCUUUUUUUUAUAAACCAAGUCACAUGAAUAUUAUUUUAUUAUAAUCAAAAAAUGGUUUCUUUUUUUUUUCACAUAUCAAACCAAUGGCUUCAAAGAUACUUUCUAUUUCUUUACCCUCCGAAACUCUGUAUAUGUCAUAGUCAUAAAUACAUAAGGAUCACUGCUCUAUUAGCCUCUGGAAGAGCUCUUCUGGGUUUUGCCAUUUUUUUUUUUUUUUAAUUUCAUCAACCAUGUUCCUGACAGAUGUUAUUUUUAAUGAGACUAUUAUAAUACUUUUGAGACUUAACUUGAAAAUUAAAAGCAGUGAAAAAAACCUUUGCCGCUCAUUCUUUAGACAGAUAUUCCACAAACUCUGGUUUCACCCUGAUUUUGGGAUAAAGGAGGGCUGGUUUUCUUUCUUCUUUUUGGAUUUUAUUUUUGUAACAUGAACCCAUUUGUGCUUGCAAGAAAAGCUGCCUGCAUGCUGGGUAGAAACAUACUGAAUUAAGAAAUUAUCAUCCCUUCAACUAGUAAAGUGAUGCUAGAACAAGGGAGAUGGCACCUCAUUUCCUUUCCUGAGUCAUACUUUAAAAUUAAAGACAAACUGAGGCAUAAGCAAAAUGGUGAAGGAGUUUAAGACAUUUACAGGGUACUUGAGGGACUUUGGAAGAUUUAACCUGAGAAAGAGAAAGGAAUGCAAUUAGUGCUCAAAUAUUUGAUGAGCUGCUAUUUGUAAAACUUUAUAAUCCAAAAGCCCACAGGAUAGAGGUUAUAGGACUACAGAUUUGGGUCCCAUGUCAGGAAAAACUGUCUCAGAAAGCUGGUCCACAAUGGAAGGGGCUGCCUCAGAUGAUAUGUUCUCUGUCAUUGGUUUUCAAGCAGAGGCUAGAUCAGCACUUGGCAAAGAUGAUGUGGAGAGGAUCCAAGCACUGGUUGAGGGUUGAACUAGAUGAUUUAUAAACUUAAAAUCAAUCGUAUGUUGCAGUACUUUGUCCCUUAUGACACAUUCAGGUAAAUAUUUAUUGACCCAUAGCUAAUGAUUUUUUUUUUUAUAAAAGGCUUUGCUUUUGCCAAAAGCAGGACUUUGAGCCUGUUUGUUCCAGAUUGCACCCCUGCUGAAAAUGUUUCCAACAAAUUUCCAGGUGAUGCUAAUUGCUGCUGAUUAGGGACCAAUUCUGAUAACCACCAGUAGAGCAGUGGUACUCAAAAUUUAUUAUACAUAAGAAUCACCUGGGGAUCUUGUUAAACUGUAGAUUCUGAUUCAGUAUAUCUGGGGUGGAGAUACAAAUUCUCAGCAGGGAUUUGAACUGGAAUGGAAUGGUUCAAAGCCCUGGGCAAAGUGCAUCCCAGCAUCCAAAGAGAAGUUUACAUGUAAGGUCAAACAUGCCAUUAUACCCUGUGCAGAGAUUGCUUUGUCAGUCCAUUCAUUGAUGUCCUGUUAAAAUCACAAACUGGCUUUUGAAUUAAGAAUGUACUCAAAAACUUUAGUUACAUAAAACCACAGAAAUUGUUCAUUAAUCAUUGCCAAACUUAGGCUAUGCUGUUUAGUGAAUAAUGGGUAUCUUUUUUUUCUUCGGGAUUUCAGGGUAGGUCUUUUUAGCAGAGCAGAAUCUUCAGUUAAAGAUCUCAUGAAAAUACCAACAUGACGUUUUGCAGCUCCCAUGAGAGAUGGGCUGGUGGGUCACUGGCAUAAAGCAACCCUCAAGACCUAUUUUGGAAAAUAUUUGGUUAGUUGGUUUGAGUCUCUUGAGAAAACAUGAUCUGAAAAUAUUUUUAAAAGAACUGAAAUCAAAUUGCUUCAUAUAAAAAGUAAUGAACACAGAUCCUUGAUUUGAAAAUCAGAAGUAACUAUAAGUUAAUUUUGCUAAUAAAGCCUAUCACCCUAAUUAUUCCAUCUGAUAAAUAGUUUGCACACUUGGUAGGCUGAUAUAUAGUUCUUCAUUGCUCUUUUAAAAAAUGUCAUUGGUCUUGCAUCAGUAGGGCAAGAAACUUUCUUUGAAUCCUUUGGAUGAGAGGUCAGAGCACAAAAGCUAGCCACCGAUUCUUUUUUUUUUAAAAGCAAAAAGAAAGUUUUAUUUGGCAUAUAUUCAAAAGGGGCAAAAGUGGAAGUUGGACAACCAUGCUGCCACAGCCACGUCUGCUGGAAUCCAAAGAAUAUUAUAGACAAGAAUGGGAAAACGGACAGGCAUGCCCACCAAUUCUUUGAUUAACUUCCUGAUACAUAUGAGUCAAAAUUUUACUUUCCCACUGAGUUAAAGCAGAAUUUUUGCAGAUGCUGUGUUCUAGUUCCUGAUAGAAUACUUGGUGUGUGGUAGCUUUGAUACUUCAGCAAAUGAUAAAGGGAGGUGUCAUGGUACAGAAGGGAGAACACUAGGUUAGGUGUGAGGAGUCCUAGUACUGGCACUAAUUAGCCAUGACUCUUACGCAAAGCACAAUCUCCUUGAGCACUAGUUUUUCCAUCUAUGAGAUGGACUCAAUACCUAUCAGGAUUACUGUGAAAAUUAAAUGAGAUAAAUUGAAAGUAUAGUCUUGAUAAACAGCAGUCAAAUAUUAGUUAUUUUCUCCUUAAGAACAUACUUUGGAUGGUCUGAUACAACUAUAGGUCAUGCAGGAACAAAACAAAGAACCCUUCCUUGCUGGCUUCAAAUAAAAGAGCUCUGUUUCUGAAAGGGUGCCUUAAAAGGAAGCCACUUACUUCAUCCAUUAUUCUGCAUUUCAGCACUACUGUACACCAGAGACAUCCUCCAUUUUUUUUUUUUUUUUUAACAUACUUCAGGAAAGGUAUUCUUGCUCCUGAUAGGCAAUUCUAGGGUUGUAAACUCAUCAUCACAUCAGGAAAUUUACUCUUAGAACUCAAAUACCUCACAGUACAAUUUAAACCUCCUUCCUCUUCAUCCCAUUCUCUGUGGGAAGAACAAUGAGAUGAUCCCUAUGUUCUUUUUAAGUGGCCACUUUUAUCAUUUAUUAUUCUUUUUGCCUCAUUUUUUUUUUUUAAAUGACAGAAAAAAGCUCAUUGUUAUGAUGGUGAUUGUCAGGAUCGAUACUUACUAGCCCUUAGCUUCUUACUAGUAUCAAAUUCAGACCAUACUCUUACUGUUAAUUCUUCUGUUAUACAUGUAUUUUUCCUCUUUAGUUAUAACAUAGUUAUAACAAUAAUUAUAACUAUUAUUGAUGACAAAGUGUGCUUCUGAAGAACUAUACUGGGGUGUGGUAUGGUUUCUCCUGGAGGGAAAAAAUGGAGUCAUGGAUCUCAUUUUUGAUCUGCUUUUAGCAUUUAAUUUCAUGUAUGACAUUACCAAAACUCAAAUGAGCAGGGUUUCUUUCCCUGACUACAUGUGCACUAAGCUCUAAAAUAAAAAUUAUAGUACCAAAUAAGUUUUUGCCUAAUAAAGGUAAAAAUCUGUUGUGUUAGGACAAUUUAUCACUAGUUGAAUGGUGCACGGCUUUUGUUUAAGGUUACACAAUUAUGCCUGGAUUAAAUAACAAUAGUAAAACUUGACAACCCCUUUGAAAAGCAGCUGCUAAACAUAUUGUUUUGUGGAAUGUAAUCAUUAGGAAUAAAAUUCUCUUGUCCUAUAUAAUUGCAGAAUGCUAGCGGAGAUUUCUUGUAGACUAUUUGACAAUGAAUGUCAACUGAUGUAUUAAAAUAUUUUUUAAAAAAUCCUCUUAUCCCUUUAUGAUGUGUUGAGGCUUUCAUGUCCCUGUUAGAGAACAUUUCAAAUGACUGGAAUGCUGUCUUCUGAUUUCUACUCACUGAAGUGUCUUCUAGACAUACCAGAUGAUUGGAGCUCCUUGACAGGUAUAUAAAGGAGCUACACAAAUAUAUUGGAUUAGUGCAUGAGAAAAUUGCUGCUUUCAGCAAAAGAACUCUGCUCGAAUUUUCAGAUAAUAAAGGGUUAAUAAGGAUUUUUUUUUGUAAUUUAAAGGAAGAAAGUGUACUCCAUAUAUAUACUGUUCUACACAUUUUUAUGCAUGCUUUAGUAUAGGGAUGGAAUAAAAUGCAAAAUAUAAAAUUCUGGAGAUCUUCUCAGCCGCUGGUUAUAAUAUUUAGAGAAGCUGUUUUAUGAACUUAGAGAAUUCCUGAUCCCCUACUACCCCCCUGCUCUUUCCAUCAAAACAUGGUUCUUUAACAUAUGUGUAGUUUUAACAAAGAUGUUAAUCAUCAAGUCUUAUGAACUUACUCUUAAUAUUUGGCUAUGGGUUUUAAGUAUAGGCUCUCAGUAAAAUCUGAAUACAUUAGUAUAUAAAAUCUAACCAUCACCUUCAACACAAGCAUUACACUUGGUUUUAAAUAUUAAUAUGUAAAUAUUAAUAGUACACUGUAUUAUGCUUUGUGCUUUUUUUUUUUUUGCUUAACGAAAAGCCUGUUAGAAAUAUAGCCAAUGAUGACCUGAACUCAAUUAGCUGAAAACAUUCUGUGGAAUGGUGAUUGUAUGAAGAAUUCAAUCAACAUUAAAUAAGAGGGGAGGAGGAGAGGAACCUGAACAAAAUAGUUUUUAAUGAAGUUGCAUCUCUCUCUCUCUCUUUAUUAAGAUAUAAUUCACAUACUAUACAAUUGGCGCUUUUAAAGUGUUUAAUUCACUAGCUUUUAUAGCAUUCAUAAUGAUGUACAACCAUGACCACUAAUUCCAGAACACUUUCUUCAUCCAAAAGAAACCCGAAACCCAUUAGCAAUCAUGAAGAUGACUGGCAACCAUUAAUUUACUGUCUCUAUAGAUUUGCCUGUUCUGGACAUUUCAUAUAAAUGGAAUCAUACAAUAUGCAGCCUUUUGUGUCUGGCUUUUUUCACUUAGCAUAAUGUUAUCAAGGUUCACCCAUGUCGCAGCAUGAAUCAGUACUUUAUAUAAUUUUAUGGCUGGAUAAUAUUGUAUUGCAUGGACAUGCCACAUUUUAUUUAUCCAUUCAUCACUUGGUGAACAUUUGAGUUGUAUCUCCUUUUGGCUAUAGUGAACAAUGCUGCUUUGAACACUGGUGUAGAAAUUUUUGUGUGGACAUAUGUUUUCACAUCUCUCUCAAAAGGAAUUCUAUAACAAAUCAAGUAACUUCGGUUCAUUUGAGUAAAAUCUCUUAAAAUCAUACUUGGAGAAUGUAAUUUAUAAUCUUAAACCAAUCAAUUAGGUGACCGCUAAAUAAUGGCUAAUUCCCCAAUAUGUCCUUAAGAAUUUUUUGUAAGCCUGUCUUUUAGAUAUAAUAAUCAAUUUUACAAAAACUGCUUCAGUCUUCAGAAAUUGGGUUGUCAUCACAUCCAGAAUUUCUAAAGUCCUCUGCACUGUUUCAAAGGACAACUACAAAUCAUGCUGGAGAGGACUUCUUACUCAAUUUUUUAGGAUUCAAUAAAGGAUCAUUUUUAAUAUAUAAUUUCUUUAAUAUGUUGACGAUCUUUUCAAGUUUGAAUUUUCCUUCUUGAAAAAAGAUAGUCAAAUCAUCAAACCACCUAACUGUCCAUAAUUCAUACUGAGAGUAAAAGCAAAAAUAAUGUAUUUUGUGUGCAAAGGAUGAAUGUAUUUUUAAAAUUUGUAACAAUUUUUUAAAAAGCUAAAUGAAAAUUGCUUUCCCAUGUACUUGUACAGAAAUAAACACUUCCUGUUGCCCAUAUUUUGGAGGAUCAUUGCCAUCAAAGCAUGUAAAAAUCAAAUAAUGUUUAACUACACUAACUGCCUUUCAGUGUGAUGUGGAAUGUGCUCUGGAUUUGGGCAUCUGGAGACUUGAGUUGGAACGUUGAUUUUUCAGUUGGCUAGCUUGGCCAAGUCAUCUAACACGUUGCACCACAGUCUUCUCCUUUUCAAAAUAAGAGGCAAGAUUAGAUAAUCUUUAAGGCCUCCUCCAGUUAUAGCACUAAAUAAGACCUGUUAUAUUUGGGAUGUGAAAAUUAUCUGCUUAUUAUUUCUACUGGUGAGAAAGAUGUUUCAUCCUAUGAUAUACUGAAAGAAAUACUAUACUGAGAACCAGGAAUUAUAAAUUCUAGUCCCAGUUCUGACACUGAGAAGUUGUGUGAUUUUGACAUUUGAUUUCAAGCCUUAAUUUCCCCAACUACAAAGUAUGUAUACUGGGUUAGAUAUGAUUACAUUCCCUUCCAGCUAAAAAACAUUCCAUAGUUCUAUAUUCUUUAGAGAUAUAACUUACAUUAUCUUUCAUAUUUAGGAUGAAACUACUUACUCAUCACUGGUAAGGCACUCAUUCAUUCACCUAUUCAUUUAUUCACCAUAGUAUAUCGAGCAUACAGGGCAGGUGCAGGAAUCUGCUUUUAGAUGACCCCAACACCGCACUGUGUGGAAACCUUGGUGGCAUAGCGGUUAAGUGCUAUGGCUGCUAAUGAAAAGGUUAGCAGUUUGAAUCCACCAGGUGCUCCUUGGAAACUCUAUGGGACAGUUCUACUCUGUCCUAUAGGGUCCCUAUGAGUCGAAAUUGACUUGAUGGCAACAGGUUUCGGGUACCCCCACUGUAAGCAUCAUAAAUUUGCACCUUUUCUUAAGAUCCAUCCCCACUCCAAUCCUUGCCUUUCUCUGUCUUGGGACAUACAUUUAACAGACAAGUGUCUUGGAUUAAGAACAAGUACAGUGGGUCAUGGAGGAUAGAGUUAACAGGGUGACAAGGGGAUCAAACCUAUGCCUUUAGAGUUGAUGGCAUAGUGUUCUUAGUUAACUGACUAUAGACAAUCUGUAACCUUAUCUGUUAUUAUCAUUUAGCAUUUAUAAAGUACUGAGCUUUAUAGAAUCAUUUACUAUGUUAUUGUCCAAUGACAAUUUCUCUGCAGAUGGUGUGAAACUUAAUUUUGCUAUUUUAGCACCUUCAUUAAAAGGAUGUGUUUACAGAUAUCUCUGAAUUUAUAAAUUUUGUGGUUUUAAGUGAUCCACUAUUAAUAUUAGUUUCAACCACAUGAAAUUGCAGUUUUGUGGGUCAAAAACAGUCAAGUAUUGGCAAUUUCAUAUAGUUCUAAUAUGAUGUAGUAAGUUGCAAGCAGCCAAGCCUGUGGGGAGGGGAAAAACCAGUAGCUGGAAGAAAAAGUAAAGCUUGUCUCUGACGUUUUUUCCUUCUGUUUGCUUUUCCCAUUAAGGGAAUUUGGACAAGUUAUUUAAUCUUGCACGUUGGUUAAACGUGCUUGGUUAAAUUUGGUUAAAUGGGACAAAUCACAAACUUGCACAGAAUUUUAAAAUGCCAAUUCAAGUGCAUACGAUUACAGAUUACUGGAAGGUAUUAAAUGUGGUUUAUUCCCAGCUGUCUACAUUUUUAGGUCACUGUACUUAUUAGAGGAUCAUUAUCAUUAUCAUUAGUUGACUCCAUUAUGCCACGUCUGGCAACUGGUAGGCUAUACCUGAUGUAUGCCAACUAUAUACCCUAAAACACAUCUGCAGCCAAGGGAUGAAACCUGGAGUUAUAUUUAAACCACAAUCAUGUGGUUGUGCUUUUGGCCAGGUGUUCACAUCUGAAUAUUUCAAGAACUAAAGUACAUUUCAGGAACUGAAAUAUCUUAUUUACAUUACUUGGAGGAAACCACAUGUUAGUAAUAUAAGAUACCUGGUGUGGUAGUGGUUAAGUGCUACAGCUGCUAACUAAGAGGUUGGCAGUUCGAAUCCACCAGGCGCUCCUUGGAAACUCUAUGGGGCAGUUCUACUCUGUUCUACAGGGUCACUAUGAGUCAGAAUCGACUCGACAGCAGUGGGUUUGGUUUUUGGUUUAUCUAAAUUUUUAUACCUCAGAUUUCUUAAGUCUUCCAAGAGAAUAGCUGUAUUUUCACAUCUAGAUCAAGAUAAACUCGGAGAAAUAGUCUUCCCAUUUUUGACCUUAGAAAGGUCAAAACAAAACUAAAAACUGUAUGAAGCCUAACAGUUUACAAAGCUAACUGAUGCUCAUAUUCAUAUUUAAUUUUCAUAAUCCUAUGAAGUACUUUAAACAGCUGGAGUGGAAAGUGUACAGGUUUUGAAAGAAAAUGAAGAAUAUGCUUAGAUCAUGGAAAGCAUUCUAGGCAAAGUCCAAGUAUCUGUAUCACUUUAUGCAAGUUACUUAAUCUCUUUUUACCUGAAUUUCCUCAUUUAUAAAAUGAGGAUCUUAAUGCUUGACUUCGUUUAUUUAUCAAGCACCUACUACGUGCCAAGUAGUGUUCUGGCACCUGGAAACAGCAGUGAACAAAACAGAAAAACUUACUUUCAUGUAAUUUACAUCAUAGCAUGGGAGUGGUAGAAAAUAAAUACACAGUAUGUCAGGUGGUCAUAAUUACUAUGGAGAAAAUAAAGCAGGGCAAGGGAGAGGCAGUGAUGGUGGAGUGUUGCUAUUUUAUAUGGAAUGGUCAAAGAAAGGCCUCAUUGUUAAUGUGUCAUUUGAAAACAGACCUGAAGGAAGUAAGGAAGGGAAUUGUGUGCAUAUCCUAGUGAACAGUGUUCUAGGAUAGAAUGUGCAAAGACCUUAGUUAAGGUGAAAGAAUUCUUGGUGGUCCCAGAACAGCAAGGGUUCUAGUACGGCUAAAAUAAAAUGAAUGAAUGCGGUGGAAAAUGAGGUUUGAUGGGGGCAACAGUAUAGAUCAUUGGGUUCUGGAGGCCAUUGCAAGGAAACCAAGGUCCUUUGGUUUUUACUUACAGUGGGAUGGACGCCGUUGGAGGGUUUUGAGUAGAAGAGUGAUCUCACAUAUAUAAACGGGAUCACUUUGCUGCUGUGUUGAGGACAGAUUAUAAAAGGGCAAAGGCGGAAAAAGGGAGACCAUUUAGGGAGACUAAUGCUAUAAGUCAGGUGACUUGGUCCACAUAGUGUGUGAAGAUUGUGAGAAGUGCUUAUAUUCUAGCUAUAGUUUAUUUAACUUACAGAAAAUUUCAAGCAGAUAAAAGUAGACAGAAUAGUAAAUGAAUCUGUCUACCCCUUCAAAAAUAAUCAACUCAUGGCCAAUCUUAUUCCAUCUAUAUCCCUAUCCAUUUCCCCCAUCCUAUAUUAUUUUGAAGCAAGGCUCACACAUCAAAAUAAUUUCCUCCACAAAUAUUUCUUUAUGUACCAUUAAAACGUAAGGGUUAAAAAAAAAACAUAACCACAAAAUCAUUAUCAUAUCUAAACAUUUAAAAAUAAAUCUUUAAUAAAGUAUAGAUUCUGGAUACAUUUUGAGGGUAGAGCCUACAGUUCUUGUUCAUGUUUUAGAUAUGCAGAAAGGAGUCAAGGAUGACUGUGAGGUUUUUGGCUUAAGCAACUGGUAGAUUGUAUUGACAUUUACCUUCUUGGAGCACACUUUGGGAAGGGCAGAUUGGGGGCAAGGGGUGAUCAGGAGUUUGGUUUAGGACAUACUGAAUUUAAGGUGUCUACUGGAUAUCCAAAUAGAGAUGUUGAGUUGGAAGUUGCAUAUAUGUGCCUGAAGUUUGGGAAACGAUCAAGGCUGGAGGUAAAAAUUUGGGAGUUGAUAGCACAUAGAUGGUUUUGAAAAGUUAUGAAACUUUUUGACAUCACCAAAGAAGUGAGUAUAAGUGGAGAAGAGGUCUGAGGACUGAACUGUGAGGCACUCCAACCUUUAGUCAAGGAUAAGAAAGAAUCAGCAAGGAAGCUAGAAGGUAUAGUCCGUGAAACAGAAAGAAAACCAAGAGAGUGAUAAACCAAGAGGGUGAUGUUCUGAAAGCCUAGUGAAGAAAGUUAGUUCACAGAAGCUGUGAUCAACUGUGUCAAAUGCUGCUAAUCUAUCAAGAAAGAUAAAGACUAAGAAUUAACUAUGGCCCCACUCCCCUUUAAAAAAAAAAAAAGAGUUAAUCAUGGACUUAACAAUAUGAAGAUCACUGGUGACCCUGAAAAGAGCUAUUUUAGCAGAGUGAUGAAGAUGAAGAAACGUCUUGAGUGGGUUCAAGAGAAUUGGAGGAGAGGAAAUGGAGACAACGACUAUGGCAUAAACUCUUUUAAGGAGUCUUUGCUGUUAAAAGGAUGUUGAGAGGAACGUGAGGCCAAAAAUUUUGUUUUUAAGGCUGGAUAUAUUAUUCCGAAAGGAAUGACCAUGAAGUGAUUCAUGAUUCAGGAAGGAGGGAGGCAGUAUCUGGAGUAAUAUCCCUGAGUUCACAAGCGGAAGGAUUGACCUUAAGGUCCACAGACAUUUCUGACACAUUAGCAGGAGGGAAUGCAGGGACUAUGGGCACUCAGGAGUCCCUGGGUUGUGUAAACGGUGAAUGUAUUUGUUAACUGAAAGCUUAGGAGGUUUGCAUCUACCAGAAGCACCAUGAAAGAAAGGCCUGAUGAUCUACUUCUGAAAAACCAGCCAUUGAAAACCCUACUGAGCAUGGUUCUACUCCAACACACAUGGGGUCACCAUGAGUUGGAAUCGACUCGUAGAUAACUGGAUUGGUUUGGUUUAAUGGGCACCUAGCCAUACGAGGACAUAGCGAGGAAGUUAGAAGAUAACACACUUAAGUGCUCGACAUACAGGAGGCAUACAACAAGCAUUAGAUCCAUUCUCUUUGGGGUGUUUUUUUUUGUUUGGUUGGUAUUUUAAAUAAUGCUAACAAGUUGAAGUCACAGAUGGCUGCUUUACCAAUCAGUGGGUGUUAACAACAGAAAUAUUUGGCUCUAGAAAACUGUGCAAGGCAAAAUGUUGGUGAAAUACUUAUAAACGUGGCAUAUUAGUUAGGAUUAUUCGGCUGUAUAUAUUUUUAAAAAACCAAGAAAAGAAGACAGGGAUUUCUUUUUUCUCACGUAAAAGAAAUCUAGAGAUUGGCAGCCUGGAACUGAUAUUUUGGUUUCAGUGUGCCGUCAGUGACCUCGGCUCUUUCUCACAUCUGGCUUCUAUUUACAAGAUGACCUAACGGUCCAAGAUGACUGCCAGAGCCCUAGCCAUCAUAUCCCAGUCUCAGCAGCAGGGAGGAGGGAGGGAGGAGACAGGAAAAGGGCCUGAUUCACUCAUUUUAAGGAGACUUCUUGGAAGUUCCAUGCAACACUUCUACUUGUAUCUCUCUGGCCAGAGCUUGACCUGCAAGGAAGCUGGGAAAGAUAGCCUUUUAACAGGACAUAUUGCUACCCUGAAUAAAAUAGGGGUUUUGUCAUAAUCUCUACCUUUGCUUUUGUAGGAACAGUAUAGUUUUGUAUAUAAAAUACUUGAACCCUAGUUUUUAGAUCUAUCAUAUACUAGUUGUGGCCCUGAACAAGAGGCAACUCGUUGCUAUGUUUGUGCCUCCGUUUUCCUCUUCUAUAAAAGAAUUGAGCUAAUAUUACCUACUACACACGGUUAUUCUGAGAAGUAAAUGAAAUAAUACUGGAAAAGUGCCAUAGCGUCUGGUACAAAUAGGUAUGCAGAAAGUGGUAAUGUUACAUACAUAUGUGAAAUAAAAGAUGAGUCAUCUUAAUUAUGUAUUUGUGAAAACCUAUAGGACUGUACAACACAAAUUGUGAACCCUAAACUAUGGACUAUAGUUAAUAACAAUGUAUCAAUAUUGGUUAAUCAAUGGUAUCACAUACUCCACAGGAAUGCAAGAUGUCAAUAAUAGCAACAGUAUGCAGCGGUUGGGGAUUAUAGAGGAACUCUGUACUUUCUGCACAAUUAUUCUGUAAGCCUAAAGCUGCUCUGAAAGAAGUCCAUUAAAAAAAAAAAGGUAUCAUCUAACAGGCCAUUGGCGUCUAGUUAACCAGACUGAUUGACUACUCAGAGUUACAGGUUUAAGAGCAGAAUCACCACAUCUACUUCCCCCAUAUUAUAUAAGCAAUACCCUGAGAUCAACGGAGGAGAGUUGUAACAUACUGUCUCCAUAUUGACUCUAGCUAAUUUAAUCACGCCCAGUCAACUUUUUCAAAUUCACACUUGUCCAAAUGCUUUCAAAUAAUCUCUUCAGCUGGUACCGGCCCACCUGCAAGCCCUGAGACAGGCCAUUUGGGUGAAGCUAAUUUUAGAUCUUCAAAGAGUAGGUAAAUGCUUCUUCAGCCACUGCUAGUUUUUGGCCUGUUUUUACCCAUCUUAGAUAAUACCAAUUACUGGAGUCAUAAUCAAUAGCUGGUGUAAACAACACUAGAUCUGAUUGCAGGUGCUGUCAUGUCCACCAACUCAGGCUCUGCACUCUUGUAGUUGCUGUUUAUGAAAUAUGAAAAGGCUAAUCAGCACUGGGUUUUGCAAUGUCAUGAGUUACCAUUUCCCACUCAGGCAGACAGGGGAUCGACAAACACUUGGCUUCUGGCAGAGCUGGUGUCUCUAGUUAGUCAGCAGAAAAUGUUUCAGCCAGUGAAGGAACUGUGAGGAGGGGAAAUGGGCCAAGUGGUCAUGAGUUUGUUUGGCACCUAAACAGAACCACAGGAACAGACUGAAUUUAGGGGAAAGGUAGGAUUUUAAUAGGUUAGUUUUCUCUAAUCACAUCUCAAAUUACUUUAGGCUGAAAAAAGCAAGUGAUGGACCCAAAGAAACACUGCAGAAUACCUAUGUUUGACCUUAAAUUAUUCAAGAGGUGAAGUUGCACAGAGAAAGGCCUAACCUGAGAGAUGGGCACUCAUGCAGCAUUGGCCCUUAGCCUCAUGAGAGGCAGUGCAACACACUGGAAAAGUCAAGAGCUUUUGCUCUGCCACUUAUUAGCAACGUGGAUCUGGCCUUGAGUGAGUUACCCAAUCACUGCAAACUCAGUUUAUAAAGUUUAUAGGGAUAGUAUCCCCUUCAAUUCUCAUAGGAUACUUGUGAGGAAUAAAUGACAAAGUAUGUAAAAUAUCUAAGAGGGCCAGCCCAAUGAGAGUGAGAGAUAUUUAACAUGUUAGUGCUUUUUGCUUCUUUCCUACAAUUCAUACUUUUUAAAAAUUUUUUCAAUAAAAACUAAACCAUGAAUAUUCUAUAUAGAAACAUGGAAUAUACAAAACGAAUGUAUCAAUGAACUAUUAUAAGGUAAACCGCCUUUGUAUUUGGGUCAAGAAAUAUAACCUUGCCAACCACCCGAGAAUCCUUCCUCCUCAAAAUAAUAUACUAUCCUUACUUUCAUAGUAAUCAAGACAGUGAUGCACUCAAGUGUGCAUCUCAAGGGACUGGAGUUUAGUUCUGCCCAAUCUUAUAAAACUUCACGUCCCUUAUUUUAUUGUACAGGUUCCUCCUCCAUCCCUUUCUUUUUACAAUAAUCAUCUAUUGAAGAACAUGAGCUGUCUGACCUGCAGUUUCC